GCGAGUUUACUACUAAUUUUGAUUUUGUAUUGUAUUCAUGUAUCGCUUAAACUUCAUAAAAAGUAUUUGUUAAUUUACUUAAAUGGAUAAGUUUGUCAAGUGCAAAUUGCAUUAUCGGUACCUGUAUUUGCAAUAAGGUGUAUGGAAUGUGAAAACGAUGGAUUUGGUGAUUUCGAGGCAGCGGCCAAUGGGGGUGUCGGCAUCGAGCGGGAGCGACAUGGUGGUGCGCGCGAACUGCAACUGGAUGUCGCCGCUGCAGUGCCUACUGCACCUGAUCAGAAGUCAUUGCGUCUCGGCAUGGAACCAGCUCAAGAAAACGGCUACUGGAAACUUAAGCCCUCUGACAAUCCCUUUAUGAACAACAUGGAGGAGAUCUCUUACUGGGUGCACACAAAACGUGCACCUUGCCUGUACACAUAUGACAAAACCAAUAACAAGCCUAAAGAACAAGCACAUUGCUCAAAGUAUAACUCAAAAAUUAAAGCAGUUAAAGAAGUGCCUUCUCCUAGGAAGAAAAAUAAGAGAAAACUGGUGCUUAUUGAUCAAGACUCUGUCUCUACUGAGAAAGAACAAAGUGCAUUCUAUUUCACAACAGAUACUCAGCUGCAAGUUGCCAAAACCAAUGUCAAAGCAAGCUCUAAUGGGUCAGAUGAAGACUUUGUUGUGAAAAAAUCGUCAACAGCGGUUAAGCCAAAAAGAAUGAGACUACAGAAAAAAAACAAAAUGGAUUUUGAAAAAAAGAAUAAAAUGGUGACAUCAACACCAAAAGUAACAGCUCUGAGGCGUAGUCUUAGGAAGUUGCAAAAAUCCUUAAAUGACAAUCAACUGGAUAGUACAAUUAAGGUGAUUAAUAAAACAUUACCUUUAGAACCUUUGCCAACCUCACAAAUAUCACCAGAAAAUCAAGCACCUAAAAUCCCAGAAGAUGAGACUAAAACGAUUGCCCAUGAUGUAACAAUGGAGGAGCAACCCUCCAACAAUUCUAAUGAAAAAUCAAAGGUUGGGGUACUUAAUGGCAAAUUAGAAGAUGUCAGCGAUGUGUCUGGUUUUACUGCUAAUUAUAUACGUUCCACCAAAACGCAUUUAACAAAGACUCCCAGGAAUAUGAGAAGUAAACUCAACAGAACUUUUAUCAAGGAAUCACAAGAGAGCCCUCAGAAACAAGAAAGCAAGACAGUUGUAUGUGUAAAUAAGUCUGUCAAUACUGGGCCUCAGGAUUCUGCCAUCCUGAACUACAGCACAGACUCAUCUCAGAAUGUCAUUAACUUGGUCACUUCGAAGCAGAAUUCAAAAGUCACAAGAGUAAGUCGCUCAACCUCCUUGUUGAAAUUUAUGAAUCCCAAGCAAACCGAUAAUAAGCAGGCUGAAUGCAGUGACAAAGAAGUCAGCAAUGUUAAUGAAACAGUACACUCAAAUGGCACCUCAAGGUAUCCAAAGCGACAAAGGAAUUGUAAUCCUGAGGGCAAAUCUCCUAUCAAAGUUAAUAAUUCCAGAAGUGCUACGGAUAGACGAAAGCGUAUGUGUAAAAAGCAAAGUGAAUUUACAAACUCUGAUCGCAAAGAAAACUCAGAAGAAGAGAUUGUAUCCCGAACAAGAAGCGGUCGUAAGAUAAACCAGAGAGCGGGACAAACCGAUAACUCUGUUCUUGUUCUUAGCAACUCCACGGAACAAUUAAGUUCAAUGGCUGCGGUGAACGUGGCCGGAACCACGGAGUCACAUAUAUUGGACAAUUCAACCAAGAAAAAACGACAAAGUGGCAGAUGUACUCAGUUAAAAAAGUCUGCAGGUGAAAAUAGACAGUUAUUAAAACGGGACUCUAGGGACAAGAGUGGGUUUACUGCGUGCUUCUCCGAUAGUGAUGAUGACUUUGAAUCAAAGCAGCGGAAGUUUUUCUGUUAGAGUGGAAUGGUGUCCGUGCUAGCAUUUGACUAUUUUUCUGAUAUUGUCAAUAUAAAAUGUUGUGUAGAAGCUAAUUCAAUUAUACUUGCCACAUUGUUAUAUAUUUUAUAUAUAGUUGGGCGUUAUGCAAUGCUUUAGCAGUGAAAGUGUAGCCAACAACUUGCUGGACACGAAGGCUCCAUACACAGCGGUGGAUGGCAAACAUGUUGCAGAGAUUUGCAAAGUUUCUGUAAAGUGAGAGGACAUUGUUUUAUUCUAUAUUCUUUAUAUAAAUGCUGUGAGAUCUUUGCUGGGCAUCUAAUAGGAAUUUGAUAUGUCUCGCUUUAGUGUAAACACAAAAUUUGCCAUGUUUGUAAAAUUAAUACUCAUGCAAUAUAACAAUACAUAUAAAAACAUAAAGU